AUGAAACGAGUCAGUACCAUUUUUUCUUCCCAAUCCAAAGAAGACAGAGGUACUGCAGUCAAGCAGGACCAGUCAACGUAUUCCACAAUGAGCCGGAUUGCCUUAGAGGCCGUUAUUCUUCUCUGCAUCGGCGUUUCUAGCAGAGCUGAAACUGAUCAAGAAAAGUUGUUCGAAAAGAUGGCUAACGAGUACGACCUUUCGGGACUGUUGGAGCUGGUUCCAGUUCAUAUUGCAAUUCCUGGUCAUCAAAUAACUCACGGAAUUUACGAUAAGGAGCAACUCAAGAAAGAUACGAAGAAGAAAGUCCAGGAAAGAAUGGAGAAAUACCAAGGGUAUUUGAUUGAAACGAUGAAGAAGUUGCUUAAACAACUAGCAGGCCAAACACUUCCACCUGCCAGU